CUGGAAAAAGGAAGGGUACAAUGGCAGAAGAAUAGAGUGCAGGAGAAUCUAACUCCCAGACUUAGCAUGCUUAGGUACCUUCCUUAAUUACUUACCUCUUCCAACACUCUUCCUCUCCUUUUAUCUCCACACUCCGAAAUUCAAUUGCACGUUUUGCAGUAAACCCUCCUUGUUCGCUCAUAAUAGACUCAUAAAAAAGACUCAUUUUCCUUUUAAUUUCCCUUUCUCAAACACGCCCACUACUCCCUCUCCUUUUUUUGAGAUAACUCAAAUCAUAGGAAACCAAAACACAGUAAUAAAUCCUUCUGAUAAAUCUUAUAUUGAUUUUCAUUUUCAUCACUGAUUUUUAUAAACCCAUCAAGUUUUUUUCGCAUGAGACUAUACUGGAGGAGUCGUAACUGAUCUCUGUUUCUCCUUAAGUUGGUUGUUCAGAAAGUUUAGUAAUCAUGGGAUUCCAGAGACCAUCAUCAGAAAAGUCGAGAGCCAAAUUCAGUCUCUUUUAUAUAUUCCUACUCUGCAUUAUCCUCUGUGUGUUGACCACUUUCAUAGCCCCUUCGUCACUUUCUUCUCCAUAUGUUACGAAUUCUGGGAAACUAGGGCAUGCACAGGAGGAAGAUAAGAGUACACUUGUGAUAAAGAAGAUGAGAAGGAUCGGUGAUAGGAGCAAAGAGGCAGAGUUACGGAGGAUUUUAAGGGGAUUGGGGUCAUCUCCGCCACGGUGCACCUCCAAGUGUGGAAGAUGCACGCCCUGCAAGCCUGUGCAUGUCCCGGUGCCUUCGGACACUCCUGUCACCGCUGAAUACUACCCUGAAGCUUGGAGAUGCAAGUGCGGCAACAAGUUGUACAUGCCAUGAUCUUUUUUAUACGAUAUAUAUACUCACAUAUAUACGUUAUGUAUAUGAUUUAUAUGCAGGUUCAUGAUCAUAUGUAAUGUCUCUACUCAGAUAUUUAUUAUAUAUUAAACAUGCUUCUAGGAC